AUGAAUGUUCUACAGGAAAGAAGGGUUAGUCUACCGUCCAUCAAGACACUAUUAUCGGCUAUUGAUAACGACAAUGCUCCCUCUAUAACAACACACGACUCAACUUCCGCGGACUCAACUCCAAAUAUUAAUAGUCAAAUUUUUAAUCAAAACAUCAAUAGUCCAUCGUCAUCGACAACCAGUGUAGGUGCAUUGCAACACAGCCAGAAUAAUCAGUUAUAUGCAGCUUCUGUUUUACAGCAUAUUCAUAAUAAUAGCAGUUCUAAAACAAAUCCGAAUCAAAUAUUUCAAUCACCUAACCAAUCUUCGUAUAAUAACUUCCCACCCAGAGAUGAAAUUAAUUCUUCAUAUACAACAGUCGGUUUUAAUGCACAAAAUAUUCCACAUAGUCCAACUAUUAAUGAAUCAUCGUCUUCAACUGCUCUUGCUAUGUCACCAGCGUCACUAAAUUCAAAUUCACAAUCUUCACCAAACCUGGGAAUCAGUUUAGAAUCUAGUGGAAGUGAAAGUAAUUUAGCUGAGGAGGUGAAACAGACUUCCCAUUCAACCAAAUGUAGAUGUAGAAACUAUACCGAGGAUGGUAGACACAUUCCAAGGCCAAGAAAUGCCUUUAUUCUUUUCAGACAAUAUAUGCACAAUCAUUUAUUCAGUAAGGAUAAAGGUUUGCUGAUCUCACAUGGGUCCUUUAAAACAAAUUCACUAGUAUCUAGGGAAAUUGGACAACGUUGGAGGUCACUAUCAGAAGAUGAAAAGAAUUACUGGCAUGGUCUAGCAAAAAAAGAAAAAGAAUUACAUAAAUUGAAAUAUCCAAAUUACAAAUAUAUUCCUAGAAAAUUAGAUGCUACAAACAGUGGAAGUACGACAGCUGGUGUAAAAAUUGAAGGCUCAGACUUAUUGCAGUCUUCAUCAAUUAAUGAUACCUCUAAAUCAAGAUCAAACAAGAAAAGGUUGUGUGAGUAUUGUAGAAAUAAAAUGAAAAAUCCUACGAGUAAAAAAAUGAAAUGA